GGAGGCGGGGAGGGGCGGGCACCCAGAGGAGCACCGGCACCGACCGCAGCACCAGCGCCAGCUAUGGCCUCGCUCGUGAAGAAAAUAAUCAGCACUACCAAGGCCCCUGCGCUGGGUCCCUACAGCCAAGCCGUGCUGGUGGACCGGACAAUGUACAUUGCGGGGCAGAUAGGCUUAGAACCCUCCACCGGGCAGCUCGUCUCUGGAGGGGCAAAGGAGGAAGCUAAGCAGGCUCUAAAAAACAUGGGAGAAAUCCUGAAAGCUGCAGGCUGUGACUAUGGAAAUGUUGUGAAGACUACGGUUUUGAUGGCAGACAUGAAGGACUACAAUGAUAUUAAUGAUGUUUAUAAGCAAUUUUUCAAGGCAAACUUCCCAGCGAGGGCAGCCUAUCAAGUUGCUGCUUUACCCAAAGGUGCCCGAGUUGAGAUUGAAGCUAUUGCCAUUCAGGGACCCCUCCAAGAUGCUUCAGCCUGACUAUAAAUAGAGACUGGAUAUCCCACAA